CUCUGCCCGUCUGCCCGUCUGCCCGCAGGGAGUUCUUCGCUGCGACUGAUCUGGGGGGCAAAUCCGGCCUCCCAUCGCCGAGGGUACCAUAAUUCUAUUUCGCCGGAACUUCGCCGGGGGGGCACUUGCCCCAGCAUGCCCCCCCUCCUCCGCCCCUGAGCGAAGAUGACGAGGAGUGACGAUGGCGAAAAUCCGGCGAAAACGAUAGAGAAUGAAGAUCUAAGGAGCACCAAAGGUGGUGGCGGCGUUACAAGUUGAGGUCGCGGGUCGGGUCGCGUUGAUGGAGGAAGAAAGCAGUGGAGGAGAGGCGGGGAUAUGAAAACCCUAGAGAAAAGGUUAUUGAGGACGGCUAAUCAGGCGCCAGAUAUGCUAUCAUACUCUGUUGCAUGCUUCCUGGUUAUUGUGUUCGGAGAUUCAGGCGGUUGUUUUGCACUUCCAAAAGUAUAACCUAUAAACAUGAAGAUUACAAAGCUUCCAAAAAUAUACUAGAGGAGAUUAAAGAGAUCAAGGGAAAACAGGCGGUGCAGGAAAGAAAACUUGAUGAGAUUUUAGGCAUUCUGAGACAAAAAAAUGUGUCUGUCGAAGCUGGUUCUGCAUCAGGGAAAGGCUCAUUAAUGGGGGGCAAUGAGGAAGUUAAGGUCCAAGUGGCAGGACCAUCUGGUGGUGGGAAUACACAUGGUGGAGUUAAAUCUGGGGAUGAUAUAGAGCUGAGUUUUGAUGCCGGUGGGCCAUCGUUUGAACUUCUGACCCAAAUGCCGAAAGAAGAUGCGAUUGGUGAUGACAUGCCAGUUAAUAAAACUGGUAUUGAUCCGGUGGCAGAAGGUCGUGAUGAUGCAAAUCAGGGGAGGUGUUUGGAUAUUCCCUACACUGAGACACAGUACGAUCCCCACGACCUCGAGCGUAUUGACAGGGAAACCGAAGGGAUGCUUAUUUCUCUACAGAAAGCCAGAAGUGUUGCUCUGGUUUUGUGUGAACGGGUUGAGGGUCAGUGUGCUGAGGAUGGAAUGUGCAAGGAAAGUGUAGAUGCUGGUGAGCCUGCCAUUAAAUAAGGAGACAUUACAAUGCCAACUCCUGUGCAAGUACCGGUAGGCGAUGAUGCUGCGUUGGGGGUUGGGCAUGGGUCAAGUGGUUCAAACAAGGUUAAACUGGGGCAUCAUGUCAAUGUAGGCGCACAGAAGGUCAGCAUGGGUGACGACGAUUUUGAACGAAUAUUUACAAGCAGCCGGGUGGGAAGUGGGGAGCAGAGAGUGAAAGGUGUUGAAGACCCUGUGGUGGCGUUUUCUACUGCUUCAAAUACCAACAGUGCAUGCGUUGAGAUUGAACGCCCUAAAAGGGUUCACAAAAGUCCUGAAAGAUAUACUCCCUCGGAGGUCGAGCAAGAGAGGAAAAGGCUCAAGCUAGAACGGAUGGAGCGUGCUAGGCAACGUCAUACCCGUGAUAGGACAGCUGUGUGCUAUGGGUCAUUUUCGAAGGAUUCGAAGGAGAUGCCUGCGGAUGAAGAAAUAGAGAAGGUCAGAGGAUUUUUGAAUGAAGGGUUGUUGAAAAGGCACGGACGGGGGAACAGGACAUGUAGGUACACGAGCAAGGUGGAGAACAUGUCGAAAGAUCCCAUUAUGCUAGAUGGUUUUUCUGUGGAUAACAAGACAUGGCUAUAUGAGCUAUUUACAAACACAGAAUGGUUAUGCAGCACGAUAUGCUUUUUUACUUUUUUAAGUUAUUGGGUGUUUAUUUUAAGACGAAAUGGGAAAAGACUUUUUGUCUGUGGGAUGUUAUUAAAUUUGGAAUACAUUACAGUGUUUGUGGUAUGAUAUGAACGGGUGCUUUGUUGGUUGCGAAUGAAGGAGUUAUGUUUCU